AUGGAAGAAGAACAGAGCAACACGUCACCAUCCCUCAGAAACAAGCUGAAACAAACCCUGUGCCUCCGCGACAACCACCGACGCGAGGCCCUGGAGAACAAGUGCCGCGACCUGAUCAACCGUAUCGGCCGCCACCUCCAGCUCCAACGGCGGCAUUGCUCGAUGGCCGACUUCAAGUACGAUCCCCUCAGUUACGCUUUGAAUUUCGACGAAGGCGACUUCCACGACCUAUACUACGAGGCGGCUCCGCCGCGGAGAUCCUCCGCUAGGGUCUCGGCGUUGCCGCCGCUGAAGACGGCGGCCAAGGCCGGGAUCACGUGCUUGUAGGCCUAGGUUUCUGAUUUAAUUUGGGAUAUUGUACAGAUUGGAACCUAAUUGGUUCUCAUAGUUUGGUCGGAAUUUUUAUCAGAAAUUCAGUUCGCAAUUGGGAGCGUA